AUGCUCCCUGUGUUGCAGUGCGUGUCCGUGGACAGCUCCAUCACCAAGCACCCAGACUACGGCUCCCCUCUACGCGCCAGCUCUGAAGCCAUCAACGACCACGUGACAGCGACCCUCGCCAAGCCGCCGCCGUCCGACAUGACGCUGACGUCAUCGUCGCUCGGCUACGGUCGCUACAACAUGUCGUCGGCAGACACGGUCGGCGCGUCGUCCGACAACUCCGCCGACACGAAGACCAGCCGCUCGGCGCUGCUGCAGCCGAGUUCGUACCGCGCGCCACCUGGCGACGGAAUCGCGCGGGUAUACUGCAAUCCGCCGCCGCCGGUAGAAGGCGCGCCGCAGCCGAUAGAGGGCGCGGUACCGCAGCCGACGACCGAUGGUGGUGGUGGUCGGCAGAAGGAGUCGUCGGCCUUCGUGCGCAAGAUCAAAAAGGCGUCGGUGACGUUGAAGUCGCUGCAUCAUAUGUACCGCGACUACCUGCAGAAGGAGAGAGAAGAGGCGUACGCGCGACGCCAGCGCCACCCCGCCGACGAACCGACGCCGCCGCCGACCGACGUCGCUGCUCCGCCGCCGCCGACGAAGACGACGAAAACGUCGAAAUCAAAAGAGCGUCGGCCGAAGCAAGAGCACCGCAGCAAACGCAGUCAUCAUCAUCAUCAACAUCAACAUCAUCAUCAUCACCGGAGACCCCGCGAUCGCUCGGGAGAUCGAAGAUCGGGUUCCUCUUCCACCGCGGCGCCUCCCGCUCCUUACCAGGGUCCUCCCUCGGCCACGCACCGCCCCCACGGCCACCACCACCACGCGAGACACACCGAGAAGGCGAGAGCCUGGGAGAGCGACUUCACGCAGCAUUCGCGUUCGAUUCCCACGAUUGUUUCAAGACCGGAGGUUCACCAACCGCUCUACAGUCACUCUGAGUACCGGUUUAUGCCGCCGCACGGCGCUCUGCACAUGUGA